AUGGCAUACAACGCAUCAAGACUAGCAAGAGACAAAGCUCUAGAAGAGAAUGAAAAGAAGAUUCAAAUCAACCUUCAAGAUAAAGCUAAAGUCAAACAACAAGAACAAAUCAAUUCAUUGGUUGAAAUCAAUCUUGUAAAUAAGUUUGUAUCUACUUCAUGA